UAUUCUCAUUGAAAUCCAGAGUUUCCAUCUCCACAUUGCAACAAUUUCAAUCCUAAGACACAUCCAUGAUUUGUUUCAUGACUUAUUAAUGUCUUUGCAUCUUUGUUUUGUACAGAAAUGGUCCGGACACCUGACACUUCCCUCAAAAGAAGACGUCCUGACCCAAAUUCUACCUCUCAAAGUCUAACUGAUUCUGAUCGCAUUCUCUAUGACCUGAUCAAAAGCAAGCAAGACAUGGGAAUCUGGAUAGGGGACAUGAAACGAGAAAAAAAACUUCCAGACCAUGUAGUCAAAAAGUCCCUUAAGUCCCUUCAAGGCAAGAAGCUGAUAAAGGAGGUUGUGAGUGUCCAAAAUAAAGGGAAGAAGUACUAUAUGGCAGUAGAGUUUGAACCGUCAAAGGAACUGACUGGCGGGGCAUGGUAUGUGGAAGGGAACUUAGACACUGAUUUCAUAAAGCUUCUUAAAGAGCUAUGCUUGAGGCAUGUCUUCAAGAUGAAGGUUGCCACAACUGAAGGGAUAUCAGAGUCAAUUCGUAGAUCCGGUGUCAUUAAAGUUGAGUGCACCACUCAGCAAAUAGCGGAAAUCUUGCGGGUAUUGGUUCUGGACAAUGAAAUUAUGGAGUUGAGGAGUACUGAGAUGGGGGAAUUUGCCUCUAUACCAUUGGGAACAGUUUGUUACAAGAGCUCAGGUAAGGGAGCCCCAGUAGGAGGGGUUUCAAAAACCGGGGCCAUGGCUUCAAUCCCAUGUGGGGUUUGUCCAAGGAUAACUGAGUGCACACCAGAUGGCAUUAUCUCUCCUAGGACUUGUGUAUACUUCACUAAAUGGUUGGAUUUUUAGGUCCCU